AUGCUAUCCAAGGUUGCGUGGGUAACUCGUGCUGGUAGCUCGGAGAUGGCCGAACCAAUAGCGAUCAGGCCAACCAGUGAGACUGUGAUGUAUCCGAGUUAUGCGAAGUGGAUUAAGUCUCACCGUGAUCUACCGCUUCGGCUCAAUCAAUGGUGCAACGUUGUGCGAUGGGAAUUCAAGCAUCCAACGCCGUUCUUGCGAACUCGGGAAUUCUUAUGGCAAGAAGGUCACACAGCAUUCCAAACGGCUGAAGAGGCCCAGCAAGAGGUCUAUCAAAUACUGGACUUGUACGCUAAAGUCUACACUGAUUUGAUGGCAAUUCCGGUCGUGAAAGGCCGAAAAUCGGAGAAGGAGAAGUUUGCGGGAGGCGAAUUCACGACAACUGUUGAGGCAUAUGUACCUGUAAAUGGGCGUGCGAUUCAGGGCGCAACAUCGCAUCACCUCGGUCAGAAUUUUUCGAAAAUGUUCGACAUAUCGUUCGAAGAUCCAGAGAAUGGCUCAAAAGCGUACGCCUAUCAGAACAGUUGGGGUAUAACGACGAGAACGAUCGGUGCUAUGGUAAUGAUACAUGGCGAUAAUUCUGGUCUUGUUCUGCCGCCUCGAAUCGCUCCUGUUCAGGUGAGCAUUCUUGCCUCUUAC